AUGUUCAUCACAGCUGUCGGGAAAACCUCUGUGGCUCUUCGAUACAUCAAAAACACAUUUUCACCGAAUGGAACAUCAACAAUUGGAGCCUCCUUCUUGACCAAGAAACUGAUAGUAGAUGAAACCGUCGUCAAGCUUCAGAUCUGGGACACGGGCGGACAAGAGAGAUUCAGGGCAAUGGCACCCAUGUAUUACCGUGGUGCAUCUGCAGCUAUACUGGUGUACGAUAUCACAUCUGAGGAGAGCUUUACGGAAAUGACAUCUUGGAUGGAAGAGCUCAAUAAGAACAUGUCAGAAGAUCUCAUCAUUCAUGUCGUCGGUAAUAAGAUUGAUCUGGAGUCUGAUCGUAAGGUACCUUUCUCAAAAGUGCUCGACUAUUGUGAUAGGUUGACGCUAAUAGUCAACGGUAUACAUGAAGUAUCUGCAAAGGAGAAUCAAGGCAUUGACGAUGUCUUUUUCGAAAUUACACAAUCACUUGUCAAAAAGCUAAAUGGUCAUGAUUUAUACAAGACAAUGACCACCGAUAUCUACCAAAACGAAUACCCUACCGCCGCUGAAAAAUCAGGAUGUUGUUGA